UGUGAAUGAGAGGAAGUCCUGUGUGGUCACGUGAGGCUCGACGUGACGAUGAGGAUAAGUUAGUGCUUUCGCGUCAGUCUUGUCGUGGAUUAAGUGAACUUUUCGUGUAGUUUAGGCGCCAUGAAGAUAAACGAGAACACGUUACUGGAGGGACACAGAGUAGUACUGGUUCCUUAUAAUGCACAGCACGUGCCCAGGUAUCAUGAGUGGAUGAAGUCUCCUGAGCUGCAGCAGCUGACCGCUUCAGAGCCACUGACCCUGGACCAGGAGUACAACAUGCAGCAGAGCUGGAGGGAGGACAAUGACAAAUGCACAUUCAUCAUCCUGGACAAGCAGCAGUGGGCGGACCCCAGUGUCGUGGAGGAGCAAUGCAUGGUGGGAGAUGUCAACAUCUUCCUGACUGACCCCACAGACCCCUCCUUGGCUGAGCUGGAGGUCAUGAUAGCAGAGCCCAGUUACAGAGGGAAGGGCAUCGGUAAGGAGGUGACGCGCAUGAUGAUGUUCUACGGAGUCUCCAAACUCGGGGUCAAAAGGUUCCAAGCAAAGAUCGGUCUGGACAACGAGGUCAGCGUCAGCAUGUUCAAGAAGCUCCGCUUCCAGGAGGUGUCGGUGUGUCAGGUGUUCAAAGAGGUGACACUGGAGAUGAUGGUGGACGAGGCCGUCCGGACGUGGCUUUCGGACGACGUGAUCUUGGUGAAGGAGAAGGACUAUAGAGAGAGCUGCAGCAACAGACAGCAACUGGUUUUAUAAUGAAGAAGUGACGCUGCAGUCUCGCAGCAUCAUAAAGAUUUGCAGCUGUGAAGUGCAUGUUGCGAUGUUUUUAUGCACACGAGUACUGGAUAUAAUUACACUUUUAAUGAACUGGUGCCUCUUUUUGAAUACGUUCUACUUUUCCUCUGCUACAAGUCCAUAAUAUAUAGAUUUGAUGUUGUACAUAUGUAAAAUAUCAUGUUGAAACCUAAGAGUGAGGCAUGUUACUGCACGUCUUAAAUUGAAUUAAAAAAGACUCCUGUGUAUACUUUCAGUAUCUCUUGCCCUUUAUAGCAGUGGUCAGCAAUUGGUGGCCUGUGGGCCAAAACUGGCCCACCAGCAGCAAUAUCUGGCCCCUCAGACGAUUUAACCCCUUAGUGCUCAUGUGGCACAGAUCAGUGCCAUGUGAGACACACCCUCGGUAAAUUACAAUAAAUAUUCACAUAUCUCACGCAAUCUGCUGAUUAAAUCCACAUUACCUUUAUGUUAAGGCAGCAAACGUGGGUUUGAAGACACAUUGCCUGUUCAAUUGCUUAUAAAAACAUUGGCCCUCGACCACAUUUAUGUGCCGAUCCCUGCCUUAUAGAUUGAGCUUUCACAUCCAAUAUGAUGAAUAAUGAAUAUGAAUAAUAUUAUUAUUAUCAAUUAUUCCAGGAUCAUUUUGUAUUAAAGUGUAAUCUUAAACAGUUAA